CUAAUCACUGUGAGCCAGAAAGCAGUCUCACUGUAGCUCUAUGACGAGUGGUGAUGGAUCACUGGUGUUUGGCUGAACUAUGCAGAAGGGAAGUAUCUUGGUGGCAAACAAGGGAGGCACAUUAGGUGUGGGAACUCGAGCUCUGUAAAGGAUGAAAUAGAGAGAAAGAGAGAACUAGGUUUUGGUCGGGAUUAUGUUAUCCUCAUAAAGUGAGCUAAGAAGCCUUCCACCUUUCUCUAUACUUUGGAGUUUAAUUAGUAUGAAUAUUUUCGGUGUUCCCUCACUCCUCUAUGGAAAGCAGGGGAUUUUUUCCUGUCUAUUUUCACAAACCCAGUGACAACAGUGCCUAGGACACAGCAGUUAGAAUUUCUGCUAUCCUCUCCAUGCUACCCAGAGAGAGGGGCCGAAGGCAUUGUUCUGGGUUCCUGUCCUGACUUUAAGGGAAACUUUUACAAUGUCUGGAGCUCUUGGUGUCCUGAAAUGAAGGAGGGGGAUGUCCUCAAAUCCCUUGCAGUGGAAACCCACUUAGUGACACCAGCCUUGACCUUCAAGUGGAACAGUAUGUUCACACAAUGAAAAGCAUCCACCAUCUCCCGGGAGAAGCUUCAGCUAGCACCUCAUGCCAUUGUUGCCUUUGCAUAUCCCGCUGCUGUCAUGUCAUAUCCUCCAGGAAUACCAGCCGGUGGGCUGUGCUGAAGGUUGCUCCAGCCACUGGGGCCAGUGCUAUUGCUGGCUGCUCCGCUCCUGGAAACUUCAGCGACCAGAUCCAGGCAGCCUCUGGGAACUGUGACUGCCGGUGGUUACUGACCCUAAGGCCAGCUACCCGCCUCUCAUAGAGUCACCUAAUGUUAACUCACCUCCCAUUGUUCUGUGUAGCAUAGAUUUCCUCUGCACCUGUGAACAAGGCCAUCCUGCAUAGCAGCCACGGGGCUCUCCCUCUGUGGGUCUGAUAAUAGGGGAUGCUAGCCGGGGAAGUUCUGCGCCUGCGCAGCUCCAUCUCCCAUGAGCCCCCGCGUGAGCUCUCCUUAUACGCAGACGCUGAAGACACGGAGGAGACCAGCAGGCCGCUGCUGAAAGGCUGUGACCAAGGAGGAGCUUCAGGGUGAACGGACUGCUCCAGCUGCAGAACUUACGACCUUAUGGCUCCUCAGUCUGACUGGGCUGCAGGCAGAUGGCUUCUGCCCUAGUCAGCGGUUCUCACCUCAAGACUGAGCCAGCCCGCCUCAGAGGCCGGCCCUGCAGGCCAUGGGUAGGGACGUCCAUCGAGUUUCCUUAAGCUGUUCUAUCAUGGACUCUUCAACAGAAAAUGCAGGUAACACUGAUUUACCACUUGGUGCCUGAGAUCAUGGGAUACUUCAAUUUGGAAGCAGAUGACAGGAUGAAGAGGAACAAUUUAUCUGUUGUAAAUAAAGUUGUCCAGUCUUCACCAGCAGUGAAACAGCCAAAACUUGGGUUCUACUCUUCUCUCAACCAGACUCAUGUGUACACUGUUCUGCCAGACUGGGGCAGUUUGCCUCACCAUGUGGUGUUACGCGUUUUUCAGUAUCUGCCUUUAACAGACCGGGCCCGUGCAUCUUCUGUAUGUAGGAGAUGGAAUGAGGUUUUUCAUAUUCCUGACCUUUGGAGAAAGUUUGAGUUUGAACUGAACCAGUCAGCUACUUCAUACUUUAACUCCACGCAUCCUGAUCUCAUUCAGCAGAUCAUUAAAAAGCAUGCUGCCCAUCUCCAGUAUGUCAGCUUUAAGGUUGAUAGUAGUACUGAGUCAGCAGAAGCUGCCUGUGACAUACUUUCUCAGCUGGUGAAUUGUUCUAUCCAGACCUUGGGCUUGAUUUCAACAGCCAAGCCAAGUUUUAUGAAUGUGUCAAAGUCUCAUUUUGUGUCAGCGCUUACAGUUGUUUUUGUCAACUCAAAGUCAUUGUCAUCAGUCAAAAUUGAAGACACACCAGUGGAUGAUCCUUCUUUGAAGAUUCUCGUGGCCAAUAAUAGUGAUACUCUAAGACACCUCAAAAUGAGUAGCUGUCCUCAUGUUUCAUCUGAUGGAAUCCUUUGUGUAGCUGAUCACUGUCAAGGCCUUAGAGAACUGGCGUUGAAUUAUUACAUGCUAAGUGAUGAACUCCUCCUGGCACUUUCAAAUGAGACCCACGUUAACCUGGAGCAUCUUCGAAUAGACGUUGUGAGUCAAAAUCCUGGACAAACUGAAUUUCAUUCUAUUAAAAGCCAAAGCUGGGAUGCACUUACUAAACACUCCCCUGGAGUUAAUGUUGUUAUGUAUUUCUUUUUAUAUGAAGAGGAAUUGGAGACAUUCUUCAGAGAAGAAACCCCUGUCACUCACCUUUAUUUUGGUCGUUUAGUAAGCAAAGCAGUUCUGGGACGGAUAGGUCUUAACUGUCCACGACUGAUCGAGUUAGUGGUGUGUGCUAAUGGUUUUCAGGCUCUUGAUGAUGAACUUAUUUGUAUUGCUGAACGCUGUAAAAACUUAACAGCCUUGGGCCUCAGUGAAUGUGAAGUUAGCUGCAGUGCAUUCAUUGAGUUUGUAAGACUUUGUGGGAGAAGGCUCACCCAGCUGUCUGUAAUGGAGGAAGUUUUGAUCCCUGAUGGUGAUCAUAGCCUAGACGAAAUCCACACUGAAGUCUCCAAAUGCCUGGGGAGAAUGUGGUUCCCUGAUGUCAUGCCUCUGUGGUAACUGACUACCAAAGAUUUUAAACUUUUUUUUCAUCAGCAAGAUUAGCUUCUCUCUGUCUAUGCAAAUGUAAAUUUUAAGAUGCGUUACUGAAAUGUUUGAGGUAAGAUAUUUUAUCGUUUGCAGACUCUCAGUGGAUUACAGCAGAAACAGUUGAAAAAGUAUGAGAACUUUGAAAAACCAGAACUUGUAAAUAGGGCAAGAGACACUGCUUUGUUGAUUAGAUAGUUGAUAUGGUGAAAACUUCAGUUGAUUUCUAGAGAAGUUCCUCAGCCUUCCCUGAAGUCAUAUUUUGGCUUGCUAAAUAAAUGUGUAAUA